CCUGAAAAGAGGAUUAGCGCUAAUCCAGGCAUAAAUCUGCUCUAAUCUGGGCAUAAAUUUAAACCAGGAUUAAAUCGCAUUCCUGAAAGCGGGAAUAGCGCUAAUCUAGGCAUAAAAUCGGCAUAACUUUAUACCACCUAGCGAGGAGGGUAUAGCUCGCUAAUCCGGGAAUAAAAGUCGAGCAACAAACAAAAUGGCGGACAUGUUAUUGUUUGGUAAUCCUGCAGGAAGGCCUGCUCAACCGCGUCGGUUUCGUCAUUUCCGCACAGAAUUAGAUGAUUACUAUAAUGAUAAAAAUGUAAAGUCGAGGUUCCGUUUCAAUAGCGAUUCUAUUCGCUAUAUUGCGGACUUACUUUCACCACAAUUAGCGAGGAGCACAAAGCGAAACCAUGCACUGAGUCCGACCUUGCAAGUUCUUGUUGCUCUUCGGUACUUUGCCUCAGGUAAUUUUCUUGAGGUUAUAGGGGACACAUUUGGACUUCCAAAGUCUACAGUAUCACGGUGUAUUACUGACGUUUCAAAAGCACUUGUUGCCAACAAAGAAGAAUUCAUUGCUUGGCCUAGCGACGAGGAAAAAAGGCAAAUCAAAGAGGCGUUUUUCGCAAAAAAAGGGUUUCCUGGAGUGAUAGGCUGCAUCGACGGCACUCAUGUUCGCAUUCAAGGACCUCCCAGGAACGAGAACGACUUCGUAAAUAGGAAAGGAUUCCAUUCAAUCAACGUUCAAGCCAUUUGUGACAACAAAGGGCUAUUCACCAAUGUUGUAGCCAAAUGGCCUGGGAAUGCCCAUGAUUCUUUCAUUUUUCAAGACAGUGGAAUACAUGACAAGCUGCAGCUGGAGCACAAGAGCGUCGAAGAUGGUGUUCUUAUUGGUGAUAGUGGGUAUGGAUGCAAGCCCUUUUUAAUGACCCCUUUCCCUCACCCUGAAUCCCCAAAACAAGAGGCCUACAAUGAAGCACUGGGAAAGACAAGGGUGAAGAUUGAACAGACAUUUGGCAUAUUUAAGCGGAGAUUCCAUCUCAUGCAUACAGAGAUCAGGGUGGAUCCCUCAAAGGCAACCCUGCUAAUAGGGGCUUGUGCGGUUUUGCACAACAUUGCUAUUAUAAGAAAUGAUGUUUAUAAUCCUCCCCGUGGGGUUGUCUUUGAGGAUGAUCAGCCAGAGGUACCCCCCUAUGAGGGACCAGAGGAUGGGCUAAGGAUCAGGGAGUACAUUUGCCAGAAUUAUUUUUAAUAUUUUUUUAAUGUAUUCAAUACUUUAUUAGAAUGAUGGACUACUUUUACAAGUUUGUAUGUCAAAGAAUGCUUCUUAUAAUAAAAAAAAAAUACCCAUAUGACUGAAAGAUUGGGUACUAUAAGAUUUUAAAGAUUGUAAAUUUAAGACUAUAAGAUUGUAAAUUUCUAAAGAACAUGAAUUACAAUGGAGGGAAAUUAAAAAAAGACCAUUUUUCCUUUUCUUUUCAAAAAAAAGAAACAGACAAAAUAUAAAUUAGAUAAAACUUAGGCGACACCUGCAAAUUUACAGUCAAUUUAUGGCGUUAGGCUUAAUACAUUAUUAAUAAAAGAUGAAAUUCUAUCUGCAAAUUCCAUCAAAAGCUUUGAAAAAAGAUUGCAUUUUCAAAUGCAAUACUCACUAAGGAUUCUUGCCGGCAUGUGUAAGGGAGUUGGAAGUUAGGGACCAUGGUAAGCUGUACUAUCGUGUCAAAACUUUAAAUACUGUAAAACUGCUGCAAAUGUGUGCAAGUCCAAAAAUACUAGGUUCAAACAUCCCAAGAAAUUGGCUAUCAAUAAUCGAUAAAAAAAGGCAACACUUCUUUGUCGAAAUAGCAUAUCAUCUGAUCAUGAUUUUUCACCAAGAGUAAUGGCAAAUUAAUAUUCAUUGAUUUUCAAACAAUUGAAUUUUGAAUUACUUUUAGGAUGUUGCUCAGAUUAGCGCUAAUCUAAAACCAAAAUCAAACUCACUUUGAGUUAACAGGGAGUUUGAAUUAUCCUAGUUCAAAUGUCAGUAGCAAAUUCACAGCUGGCCCAGGAAUGACUCUGUAAGGUUACCUUAUCUUUUGAUUAGAUUUGAGUACAGACUCUACUCCCUAAACCCUAAUCUUCCAGUUGUCACGGCUCUGAGCAUGUGACAUCAUGUGCGCUACGGCGGCUGUCUUUAGAUUUUGUUUGGAAGUGUAAAAGGCAUGUAUCAAGCAAAGAGCAGAUAUUUUGACUGAACAUGUGCUGUGGGCAUUUUUGUGGCAAAAUAUGGCUUUCGAGUAAAAGAUAAGCUUGCUACCACUUCAAACCCUAAUUUCUCACUGUGUCAUGAAGGUAUUUGGCUCUCAAAUUAUUCUAGAGUAUACAUUGAGAGUUUGCAUUGACUUUGCCUGCGAUUUGAACAUUUAUGAUAACUUUUAUCUGCACCGAUCAUGACACAAAGUAAGCCCGAAGAGUUCUAAAUAGAUUCAAUGCUAGCCAAAAAAUAUGUUUUAAAAUGACUUCAGAUAUUCUUGUUGACUGUACAGUUUACAUAUAAUUGUCAUUGUUUUUGAAGUAUUUUUUAAGGCUUUUAUUCAUUAUUUUUAAAUGGAAGAUGUCAUCCUGUGAAGUGUCUUGUAGACUUCACUCUCUUGGAGACUUUGCUUUAUAUUUACACUUGCUUGUUUGAUUUUCAUUGCCAUGCCAUUCUGACUAGAUCCAUCAACAUUAUUUUAAAACUUAAAAAAAGAAAUCCAGAUUACAAUUUUCACUAGCCGAAAGCAAUGCACUGAAUCUCUUUGAAAUCCAAACAUGGCUAACUUGCCCGAAAUAGCCUCAAGCAUGACAUCAUUGCUCAGAGCCUAUAUCCCAAACCCUAAGAAUACUAUUCCAAACAGCUUGUAAAAAAAUCUAAAGAGUUAAAGGUCUUGAGAAUUAGACAUUUUCAAGACCCUUAACUCUUGAGCUAAUUUCUCCUUCUUCAUUAUUAUAUACUCUUUCUGCAGUUGGAGAGUUUCACACUGCAGGGUAAGUAAAUCAUCUGCAGUGUACCUUUUCUUUCUCUUAUUACUCUUAGGGACAGGGGCUUCAGCAAGGACAGCAAUAGUCGGCUCUUCUACAAUAUCAUCAAAUGCAAUUGUGGGGAACUCAUCACCCACUACAUCUUCUGAUGUUUCCAGCAGUUCUUGGUAGAUAUUUUCUCCUACAGUAAUAAAGUAAGACAUCAGAGUAGCACACACAUUGAAUUUAGAGAGAAAUGCAUUUACAGCGUCACCAGUAAAACCGUGAAAAGCAGAAAUGCAUGGAAUGCAUUUUUUUUCAACAAAUAGUAGUACGAGUCUGUUGAAUUCUCACUUCUGAUUCAUCACAAGACAAUAAACAUUCUGCUCAGGCGUUCCAGCCUUACUGGUUGUGCUUUAAAUCAAGUCAGACAACAGCAACAAGGAAAAUCAUGAAUAGCUGUCUGCAGGUAGUUAUUUGCUUUAUUCAUGCCCGGUGUGUUCAAUCGAUAGAACCAAUAAUCUACAUUAAUUGAUUCUAGUCGACAAAAUUAACUAAAUGCAUCGGCAAUCAAUCAUAAUCAAUAGCAAAAAAAUUUGGAGGUCAAUUGAUAUUUAUCGAUUUUUCAAUUGAGACAGUCAAGAAAUAUUGAUUUCUUUAUUGAUGACGUUUGAAUAAACUACACAUUCCAUACAGACAAAAUACGACACAGCAUUCUUAAAAAAAGGUCUUUGAAGAAAAAAGAGUGUGUAAAGAUGUAUUUCUCUUAGGAAUCACCAUUGCACAGUUUCCCUCCAGCAAUUCUAGCUACGUGCCUGGAUUGUCAAAUAUUUAGUGCUUCAUGUUUUUGGGAUUCCGAAGAUCACAGGUUUUGUUGGCAAGACUAUAGGUGCAAGGAGGGAAGUUCGGUGCUUCACUAUAUGCUUAUAUAAUUAGGAAACUCCUUGCAAAAUGCGAAAUCAGGGUGAGAAAAUGUUUCAUAUAAUACAGCAAGUGAAAGGGUUUCUCAAGUGAAGCUUUCGAUUUGUGGCACAAUUAGAAGUCUAUCUUUUGAAAAUUCCUGAUGUAAUCGAUAUAUUUGACAGACUAAUGCAGGGUUGUUUGAGUAUAAAUUAUUAUCGAACUUCCAAUCCAAUCGAUAUCAAUUCAUUGAGGUUAUCAACCAAUUUCAAUUUAAGGACUGGUCUUUUGAUAAGAUAUGUUUGGAAAUAUCGCCUGAAGUUGAGGCCUUCAUGUCAAAAUACAAAAA